AACAUAAGUGUGCAUCUUGUGCUUCAUUACAUUGGGUUGUUUCACUAUAGUGUGUAUGUGCAGUUGUUAAAACACAAAGGGCAACACAGGUCAUAAUUAAAUACAUGUCAUACAACAAUGUGAACCAAAGAACACAAGAAAGGAAAACUGUACUGCGUAGCUCAGCUUCGUGAUUGAGGAACUGGAAGGUUUGCAAUAGUUGAUAAGGAAGUAAUAAAGUAUUUAUAUUUUAAAAUCUUAUACGCGGCUGUUAUAUGUGGUAGUUAUAGCAACGUGCGGAACUGUGGCCUCUAUCUGAGCAGGUAACUGGAAGGAAAAUGUUUUGCAAAAUCAAAACCCUAAAACACACAUUCAAAGAGAGUUCCUUUGCAUAUACUGCCUGCAGGUGGCUUUAGUGUGAGUGUGCUGCACUUUUUGUCUUUUUACACUGCACUUUUUACCGUGGGAAAUUAUACCUUAAAUACAUAUAAAUAACAUGAGCAAUCGUUGUUAUUUCUGAUACCUUGGCAUGGAUGGGUCUGUGAGUCACGAAACGACUCCCCCUGGUGGAGAAACUGCAGCUUUCCAAAUGUGAAAUAGUGCUUUGCAUCCCACACAAAAUGUAGAUAAACCGAGCUAAUGAGCCACGCAGGGGCCAUGAACAUGAAUAAUGGUGUCACCGUGUCCAUUCUGCAGGCAGCGGCUAAUCAGUAUCUGCUGGUUUGCCUUAAAGUGACAAGAAUGCUUUUAUAGGACAAACCUCCACGGUAGAGCAAAACACUGCAUUAAAACGUCAACAGGAGGUACAAUUGUUUCAUGCUUUCAGCUGGGCCUUCUGAAAUCAUUUAUUACUGUGUGUAUUUGAUAAAUAGCAGGGAUUCUUAAAUGGCUUACAUAUGCCAGAGAUCGUGACAGUAGUUGUCACUAAGGACACACAUAUCCUUAGUAUUUCAUUCUUCACAGGAUGAUGAAAAUAUUUUUAAUGCUGAUCAUAAAAAUGGGACCAAAUAUUUUAGAAAAAAAAAACUUUAAAGUCUAGUAUGACACAGAAAAGAAUAGACAUGUAUUUAGACUUUUUUUUGUUGCCAAUGAAACCUACAAGAUUCACUACAUGAGGAUACACUGUUUAGCCUAGGCCCACUUUGUGUUUCAGGAGGGGGUGACUCAUAAUCUGUGGCGGCUCGAUGCUGUUUUAUUAUUUUCUACCGUGUGGGAGUCCGCUUUCUUAAUUUGGCCAGCGGCCAGUUAAAUAAAGGACGGCUGAUAUCGCGUUGUCUUCAGCACGUUUGCCUUAUCUCCGCGUGUCCGAGACUUUUUGACAUAUAUGGAUAAGCCCGUCACCCGCCCGCCUGACAAUCCACUCCCAAAAUAAUCUGACAGAGCACAGCUGAGCCUCGCUCGGCUCUGCGCGCUGCUCCGCUGCCGCCGCCGACGCACCGCGAGGGGAGACACUGCCUCGUAGAGAGAAGAGAAGAAUCUCCCGUCAGAAAUGACGAAAUUCAGCUAUUCUGACUAUUUGUCUCAGUUCCGCAACGCCGGGCGCAAAUGUAAUAAUGUUCUGUCGCGACUGCGAGGAGAUAGGAGGAGAGGAGACAAUCAGAGCGACGGCGAGCCGGAGGACGUUGACCCCGUGGUCUUUGCCAUCAGGAGAGGCGAUGUGGAGGCUGUUAAUGAUCUGGCAACAUCCUCUUCUCACAGCCUGCUGAAGGAGAACAAAGAUGGAUGGAUACCUUUGCAUGAUGCGGCCUACUGUGGGCAGUUAGAGUGCUUGAAGGCCCUACUGAGAGCACAUCCAGGUUCGGUAGACAAGCGAACGUUGCAGGAGCAGACGGCGCUGCUGCUUGCAGUGUCUUGUGAACACUUGGCGUGCGUGCGGUGCCUUCUAGAGGCAGGCGCUGACCCCGACAUCUGCAGCCACAACAAAGAGACUCCUUUGUACAAAGCAUGUGAGCUGGAGAACGUGGACAUGGUGGGCCUCAUUCUCUCCAACGGGGCGACGGUGAACCAGCGGUGCGGUCGGGGCUGGACGGCCCUCCACGAGGCCGUUUCCAGGAACAACACGGAGAUCUGUGACAUGCUAAUAAGAGCCGGGGCCACGCUCAAUCCACCCAACACCUACUGUGUCACACCACUCAUUGUUGCGGCUCAGCAAGGACACAUCAGAGCAUUAUGCUAUCUUAUUGAAAAAGGAGCAGAUGUAAACAUGCAGACAUGUGAUGGCGUGACGGCGCUGCAUGAGGCUAGUAAAGAAGGCCACAGGGAAGCAGUGGCCUUACUGUUGACCAAACAUGCAGACGCCAACAAACCCACUAACUCAGGACUGCUGCCUCUGCACUUUGCUGCCCAGCAUGGACACCACGAGAUUGUCGCCCUGCUCGUCUCGGUGACCAGUCGAACCAUGCUGCGGCACAGUUGGAUCAGCCCCCUCCACCUGGCAGCAGAGCACAACAGACACGCCGUGGCAGCUGUGCUGCUGAAAACAGGUGCGGAUGUGAACGCCACCCUGGCCCACGCUCACUCCGUCCGGUACGCCGACCGACGUGCUACAGCCCUCUACUUUGCGAUCGCCAACGGCAGCACCAAAACAGCUGAAGUGUUGCUGAACGCCGGUGCGAGCCUAAGCCUGGACCCGGUCAGCCCUCUGCUGAUGGCUGCACGUCAGGGCUGUCUCAGCACCGUGGACUUGCUGCUGGAGAGAGGCGCCGAUGUAAAUGCCAGAAUCCCAUCUUACGCCACAACCUUCCCAGCUCUCAUUGCACUUUGUGUGAAUAAUCUGCCUCUACUCAAAUGCCUUUUGGACAAUGGCUGUGAUGCUCACUCCUGUUUUACCUGUUCUUAUGGCAAUGCCCCUCACCCAGCUUUGGAAGGAUCUAAUACAAGGACUAGCAGCAACGGAUACACUGUACAGAACGAUAAUAUGCUUCCUUUAAGCUGCAAUGAGCCACCAGAAAGGGCAACACAGUUCUGUGAGUGGAUCUCCUCACCAGCUAUGUGUAAAUGGGCAGGCCCAGUUAUAGACUUGCUGCUGGAGCACGUUGGCCACGCUCAGCUAUGCAGCAAACUCACCGAGCUACUGGACAGCCGCGACGAAUGGCAAGCUGUUAAAAGGAAGUCAUUGUCACCACGUCCGCUGCUCCACCUCUGUAGGCUAAGGAUUCGGAGCCAGAUGGGGAGACACAGACUGAGAUCUAUCACAAACCUACCUCUUCCAAACAGACUGAUCAGAUACCUGAACAUGGCCGACUAACUUUAACAUGAACCUCAAACGACGCAGUCCUCCGAGACGUGACUAAAUUUGUCUGCCCGUGGAUGUUUUUAUAGAUUUACCCAAUAUCUGCAAAUGACCCUUUAACAGAAAUUCUCUAUGUUGAAAUGUCUAUUUAUAAAAUAUGUGAUGUGACAAUAAGGCGCUUUAAUCUGUCAUUGAGAAUGUGCGUUUUUUUUUAGCCUUCAGUGAAAGGUAAAAAAUAUCUAUUGCCCAAAGGAGUUCUUGAGGGAAGUUGAAUCAUUUAUUUAAAAAUAAAAGUCAUUGUUUCAA